AUGCCUUUUUUUGAUAAAUUAAAUACAGCAGGAAAUUAUACAUUAUCACUUUUACCAAAAUCAAUUUUAUACGAAGCACAAACAAUUCCAGGUGUCACUCGUUACAAUAUGAGUAUCAAUCAUCAAUUAUUUGAUCGUAAUCAAUAUAAUCUUUUAUUACAUCGCUUAUUGUAUUUUGCUAAACAUCGAUUAACAACUGUUAAAAUUGUUGAAUAUAUUUUAAAAACCAUCAAAUAUCCAAUAAAAUCUUCAAAAAAGCAUUCUGUUCUUUAUAUAUCUCAUGAGGAAUGUGAUUAUAUGAAAGAGUUUAUGUUACAUGGUUUUACGCGUAUAUUUGAAGAAAAUCUGUAUGUUUUUAAGCCACCAAAAUAUAUGUAUGAAUAUCCAACAUCAAAUAUGUGGAAUCAAGCAGAAACGAAAAAUUAUUUCAAACAGCCUUUAGCUGGAUUUGGUUAUGGUUAUAAAUUGUCUCUUAAAAAUUAUGUUCGACUAUAUGAACGAGAUAAAAAAAAUCUCCACGAUGAAACUAUCAUAGAAAAAAAUAUUAAAGCUAAAAAUUAUUCUCUUAUCGUUUUUGGAUCGAUAAUUCGUAAUAACAAAUUCUUUUCAUUAACUAUAAAACAUUAUGAACGAUCCAGAAUCGUUCUCAUUGAUGGUGAAGAUGAUUUAAAACACAAAGAUCGAUCUGAAUAUGCAAAAUGGGGGACCUACUUUCGUCGAGAAAUACCAGACAAUUGUGAUACAUUUAUACAUCCUUCUGAGGAUGUCGAACGAUUUUUAAAAAGUAUUAAAAAUAUUACAAAAGCCAAUGAUGAAUCAGAAAAUCAAGAAAUUCUUGAAAUCGCACGUGGUAAAUUAAUUUCAUCAGCAGAAUUAUGUAAAUUAAAACAACAUAUUCAACUACAUGACGAACUAGUAACAUCUUAUAUUGAUGAUGUUAUAAAUCUAUGUCGUGAAAUUGAUCCAAAUAUAUCCGACUCAAUUAUUAUUCAACAUUUAAUGAAUAGAGUUAAUCUUGAUUUCAAAAAAGAAAUUUCUCGACAUAAUUCCUGUAUGAACGUAUCAAAUGAGUUUUUAAAAUGUGCUAAAAUCGAACAAGACUUAUAUGAUACUUUUGAAAAAUCUAAUCAACCGUCAACAAGCUAA